AUGACCAGGAGCCACACCCCGAAAUCCCUCGCCGUCCUGCUCCGUGCCAGGAUGCACCCCGACUCUAUCCCCUCGCCGCCGCCCGCUCCGUCACCCGCCGCCAGCCCCGAGCCCGGCCCCAGUGCCCGGACAGCCGCCGCCUCCUCCGUCCGCCACUGGCUCCACGCCUCAAUCGCCGCGGCCUCCCCGCCUCCCGCCGCCCUCGAGUGCUUCUCCGACGGGUACCGCUCCCUCGACCGAGGCGGCCGCCACGAGAUCCUCCGAUCCCUCGCCACAGACUACGACGUGCCCCGCGCGCGGGUUCGCGACCUCAUGCGCCAGUACGUGAGCGUCUCCGCCACCGGGGAGGGUGGGGACCAGCAGCCGGGGGCGGAGAGAGAGGAGGGCGGCGCCGCAUCGGCUUUGUACCGUAUGGAGAGGGGGCUCCGGGACGCCCUCCGGCCCAAGUACGCCGGGUUCCUCGAGGCCAUGAACGCGCAGCCUGGCGGGCUCAAGCUCCUCGCGGUCAUCCGAGCCGACCUCCUCGCCUUGCUGGGGGAGGAGAAUGCUCCAGUGCUGCGUGCAUUGGAUGGGUACUUGAAGGAGAAGCUCGUGACGUGGCUCAGCCCAGCGGCACUGGCACUCCACCAGAUAACCUGGGAUGAUCCUGCCUCCUUGCUCGAGAAGAUUGUGGCUUAUGAAGCUGUGCAUCCAAUCAGGAAUCUGAUAGACUUGAAGAGAAGGCUGGGUGUGGGCCGACGUUGUUUUGGUUACUUCCAUCCUGCGAUACCAGGGGAGCCCCUGAUUUUCAUCGAAGUUGCUCUCCUCAAAGAUAUGGCCACAUCUAUACAGGAAGUUUUGUUGGAUGUCCCUCCAAUCGCUGAAUGUGAAGCUAAAUGUGCACUGUUUUACUCAAUAUCGUCAACCCAGCCAGGCUUAUCAGGUAUUAAUCUGGGAAAGUUUCUUCUCAAGCGUGUCAUUGACAUGUUGAGAAAAGAUAUGCCUUCCGUGCAGAUUUUUGCUACUCUUAGCCCGAUACCUGGUUUCAUGCAAUGGCUUCUCGCUAAGUUGGCCUCUCAAAUAAAAUUAGCAGAGACAGAGAUGCAAGAGGGCAAUUCGAUAGAAGGUGCCAGUUCUACUUUCAGAGAAUCCAUCCUUUUCCCGGAGGAAGAGAAGAUGAUACACAGUGCCAUCGAUCAAGUCAACGGUAAACAAGGAAUUGAACUUUUGCAAGAUAUACUGAAAUCAAGUCAAUGGGCAAAGUCUGAAAAAUUAUCUGCUGCGCUGAAAUCUCCUCUUAUGCGUUUGUGUGUAAGGUAUCUUACCAGAGAGAAAAUACGAGGAAAAGCUCUAGAUGCUGUUGCUAAUUUUCACUUGCAAAAUGGAGCAAUGGUUGAGAGAAUAAACUGGAUGGCCGACCAAUCCGAGAAGGGCAUUGAACAAAGUGGAGGUAUCAUGGUCAAUUAUCUGUACAGGUUGGAGAAUAUAGAAGAAUAUGCAUCGUCUUAUUCGGCUACAGGGAUUAUCCAUACGUCAUCUAGCCUUUCCUAA